AGCCCAACCACGCAUCGCUCCGUUUCUUUCCCCCCCUUCCCCGUCCGUUCUCUCUCCCUCCCUUUGAAAGUUCAACACGUUCUUUCCUCUCACGAAUCUCGCAGUUUCUCCAACAUCUUCCUGGGCUUUCCCGAGAAAGUUGGCAGCUUUCUCGGCAGACCCGCUUCCCAGACAAGCGCCUCCGGAUUGAAAUUCGAGGGAAUUCUCCGGGCUGCGGGUUCCCAUCUUUCUGUCCCUUGGCUGCGUAAAGGUGACCCCUUUUCCCGUUUUCUUGGCGUCUCUCUGAAUUGGGUCUGAUCUUGUAGGGCUCAUGUGCCCGAAUCCCGUUCGGAGAGACCGGAAUUCGCGCUUUGGAUUCGUGUUUCGAUCUGGGUCUUGAGCUUUGUUGGAUAAAGCUGCGAACUUGAGCCUUGUCUGGGAGGAUACCUGGCGUGUCGAAGCUGUUUAGGAAUAUUCGAGGGUGAAUUUGUGGGGGUUUAGUGGCGUGCUUGUUUCGGUGGUUCCUGUUCUAUCGAGUGCUUGAGGAGGGCGGGCAGAAUACUGUUGCAUUCGGUGUCGCGUGUGUUGGUGCCGAUUGGGUCGGAUUUUGCGUAGAUCGUUUCGUGGUGUAUGGUUUGAUUCAACUGGUAGUGUUCAGGUCGAUUUGUAUGUGUUUACCGGAUUUGGUUGUGGUUGUCUGAAUCGGGCAGUGACAAGGUGCGGUGUUGUGUAUAGCUAAAAGUAUAUCUUCUUUCACUUUCUUGAUUGGAGUGCUUCAACUCCAAGGAUCGUUUUUAUGAUGGGGAAGCAGAGCGGGAGGAAGAAGGGACUGGUGGGAGGAAAAUCUGGUGAUACCAUUGCAAAGCAACACAAAGCAGGAGAGAACGGUCCAAAAGCAUAUGAUAAGGACACGGCGGUCUUCAUUGCGAUGUCCCAGGAACUGAAGGAUGAAGGGAAUAGGUUGUUUCAGAAGAGAGAUUAUGAAGGGGCUAUGCUGAAAUACGAAAAAGCCCUCAAAUUGCUCCCUAGGGUUCACAUAGAUGUGUCGUAUCUGCGCAGCAAUAUGGCUGCGUGCUAUAUGCAAAUUGGUCUCAGUGAGUACCCGCGGGCGAUCAAUGAGUGCAACUUGGCCCUAGAAGUCACGCCCAAGUAUUCUAAAGCACUGUUGAAGAGGGCGAGAUGUUAUGAGGCAUUGAAUCGAUUGGAUUUAGCAUUGAGGGACACUUCAACAGUUCUGAACAUGGAGCCAAAUAAUGUAAUGGCAUUGGAGAUAGCAGAUAGGGUGAAAGCUACAAUUGCAGAGAAAGGAUUGACUGUGAACAUCGAAUCGAUUGAGUUGCCGCCUGACUAUGUUGAACCUCCUAGCUCUUCAUCAUUGGCAAAACGAGUGAAAGAGAAAGCUCGGAAAAAGAAAAGUAGCCGAAUUGAGGGGAAGAAACCUCUCGAAAAACCUAAGGAGAUUGAGAAUGUUGAUAAAGUUGAGGAAAAUAAGGCCGAGCAGAUUGAGAGUGGUAAGGAUGAGGAAGGAGCCGAAGAGAAGAAGCCAGAGGAUAAGGCAGUAGUGGAGGAGAAAAUCGUGAGCAUAAAGGACGAAGAGCCUAAGAAGACUGUAAAGUUGGUUUAUGGAGAGGACAUAAGAUGGGCUCAGUUGCCACUUAAUUGUAGUCUCUUGCAGGUGCGGGAAGUGAUACGUGAUCGCUUCCCGAGCUCCAGAGCUGUUCUUGUAAAGUACAGAGACCAAGAAGGUGACUUGGUCACAAUUACUACAGAUGAAGAACUAAGGUGGGCUGAGGCAUCCACAGAGCCACAGGGUUCUAUCAGAUUGUACGUCGUACCAGUGAAUCCUGACCAGGAUCCAUUUCACGGGAGACUUUCAGACAAGGAGGAUGUUCAUGACAUUACCAUCAAGAACAAUGGACUUCAGGAGAAUGGGCACGUGGUCAAAGCCGAUGAAGCAGGAAAGAAGCCGACUUGCAUUGAUGACUGGAUAAUUAAUUUUGCUCAACUUUUCAAGAAUUAUGUUGGCUUAGAUUCUGAUGAAUACUUGGAUCUUCACGAACUUGGUAUGAAGCUUUAUUCUGAAGCAAUGGAGGAAACUAUCACUAGUGAUGAGGCUCAAGGCAUUUUCACAGUAGCUGCUGAGAAGUUUCAAGAGAUGGCAGCUCUAGCUUUGUUCAACUGGGGUAAUGUCCACAUGUCAAGGGCAAGAAAAGGUGUGCGCUUACCAGAGGAUGCUCCAGAGGAUUCCUUACUCGAGCAGAUAAAAAUUGCAUAUGACCGGGCAUUAAAAGAGCAUAGAAGUGCAGGGAAGAGAUUUGAAGAAGCAUUGAAGAUUAAACCAGAUUUUUAUGAAGGAUAUCUAGCCCUAGGGCAGCAACAAUUUGAGCAGGCUAAACUUUCUUGGUAUUAUGCACUAGGCAGCAAAGCUGACUUGGAAACAUGGCCUUCUUCUGAGAUUCUCCAACUGUAUAACUAUGCUGAGGACAACAUGGAAAAAGGCAUGCAGAUGUGGGAAGAAUGGGAAGAGCAACGCCUGAAGGAUCUCUCAAAUCCAAAUACCAGUAAAGUUCAGUUGCAACAAUUAGGGUUGGAUGGAUCGUUCAAUGAAAUGACGGCAAAUGAAGCUGCUGAUCAGGCUGCAAACAUGAGAUCUCAGAUAAAUCUUUUAUGGGGUAGCAUGCUGUAUGAGCGUUCCAUUGUGGAAUUCAAAUUAGGAUUACCUGUCUGGCAUGAAUGUUUGGAAGUUGCGGUCGAGAAGUUUGAACUUGCUGGAGCUUCUCCAACGGAUAUAGCGGUUAUGGUGAAGAACCAUAGUUCAAAUCAUGGUGCAAUUGAAGGUUUAGGAUUUAAAAUUGAUGAGAUAGUACAAGCAUGGAAUGAGAUGUAUGAAGCUAAAAAGUGGCAGAGUGGUGUUCCAUCAGUCCGGUUGGAGCCAUUGUUCCGGAGGCGAACAUCCAGGCUUCAUGAUGCUCUUGAACAACAUUAAGUAACAUGUCCUUGUACAGGCUUUCCAAGACAGACAUCACUCUUAUUUUUCUCCACUUUUUGGGUUACACGAUGCUGUGUGUUGAGGAUAUUUUUGCUUGUGGUCCAUUCAUGGCCUUUCGUCCAUAGAAGUAUUGUUAUAUUGGUUGUGCCGGAGUUGGAGUUCGGGUUUUCAACCAUCAACGCAAUGACUUCCCACAUAUUUAUUGGGGAAAAGAAGCAGGGAUCUCCAUUUAGGAUGCCGGCUUCGUCACCAUCAUUGCCUCGUAUUUUUCCUCCUUAGGAUAGAGUAUGUACACUGGUUUAAAAGAAAAAAAUAUAGUAUUGUGUUCAAUUUUCUGGUACUGUAAUAUGAUUUAAUUUUAGUCUUUCUCGAAGAGGUUCAAUUGUGGGUAUUGUUUGAAUUGUAAGUGGUUCUUCGGUUCAUUCACGUACCUUGUCAGUCAGAGUCGGUCAUCUUGGCUUGUAUUUCUAAUUUAGUGUCAACUUCAUCCUUUGUUCAACUUGUUGGAGUUACAUGAGUUCUAGUUACUGUGAAGUUUCUAUCUUUGUGCUGGA